AUGUUAUUUAUAUCUCAAUCUAAUGAAGAACAAGCAGAAAAUGAUAAUAUGUGCAAUCUAACACGAGGAAUUUUAUGUGUCAAUGAUGUUUUAAAUGAAAUAGCGGCAACGACUGAAAAUCUCAAUCAAACAAUAAAUGAAAUUAAAAAACAUAUUUUACGAAAUGCUUCAAUUGUUGAUAAAAUCAUUCGUUAUGUAAAAUUUCAAAUGCAAUCAAUAGAUUCACAAAUACCAACACUAAAAUAUCAUAUGCAUUUUUUUCGAAUGAGUAAUAUUGAUAAAAAAUUUUUAGUUGAACUAUUUUUUGAAGCACAUAAUACAAUGAGUUUUUAUUAUAAUUCAAUUAAUGAUAUAAUAAAUAUGCACGAUUUAUCUUCAUGGACAACGGAUGUUUUGUUGAAACAUAUUCAAAAGAAUCUAAAAUAUGAAAUUAUUUGUCAAUAUCGAAAUAUUUUAAAUGUUUAUUCACAUGAAUGGAAAUCAAUUAAUGAAAUAAAUCGAAUAAAAUUUCUAUUAAUACACCAUGAAACUACUCGAUCAAUUAUUCAUGAUGUUCAUACAAUUGUUACUGUUCAAUUAUUAAGUGAAUGGAUGCAAAAAAUUCAUUUAGUUAUUAAUAAUCUUAAAACAAAAUUUGUUUGA